AUCUUGAAGAAAUGUGUCCAGUUGUAAAAGAUUAUGUUGAUGAUACUACUAAAAAACGAUUGGAAAAAAUUGAAUGGGUAAUUGAUAUUGAAUUUGAAGAUGUUAAAGGAAUGUUUGAUCCUAUAAUUGGCAGGAUUAUUCGUUUAAUACGCGGUCAGUUGGACAAGUGUAAUAAUUGUGCUGCAAUGUUUUUGGUAGGUGGAUUUAGCGAAUCCAAAUACCUGCGAAAAAGGAUUAAAAAAGAAUUUAAAAAAAUACCUGUUAUUGCGAGUCCUGACAAACCUAUUGCAGCUAUUGUUCGAGGUGCCGUAUCCUAUGGUCUCGAUAUGACUAUAGUAAAAUCACGUGUAUUGAGAUAUACAUAUGGUAUUAUGUCCUUACCUGAUUGGAAGCCUGGUGAUCCAAAGGACCGAAAAACUCCAGAUGGAAAAAUUUAUCGCUUUCAUACUUUAAUACAACGUGGAAAGGAAGUGAAUGUUAAUGAAGAAGUUUCCGAUCUUCUUCGUGUUGCAUAUCCAGAUCAGAGAGAUAUGCGUAUGGAUAUAUAUGUUACACGUAGUUAUAAUGCAAAAUACUGUGAUGAACCUGGUGUUGAAUUACUUGGAAAAUUCACAAUUAAUAUGCCUGAUAUUCAUCUUGGCCUUAAUCGUUGA